AUGGCUGAAGAGAAACAGUCGCCACAGCAGGCGACAAUUCACGAGUUGCCACCUAAUUCUGCUUGUCCUUCUGAGUGUGCAUCCUCAAAUACCAGUUUAGUAAAGGUAGUGGACUGGAACGGCCCAGAUGAUCCAGAGAAGCCAAUAAACUGGUCACGAUCCAAAAAGAAUCAGAUCCUCGGUGCAGUUUGUUUAAUGCGCUUCACAACCCCGCUUGCCUCGUCGAUGAUGGCCCCAGCUCUGUUACAAAUUGAAAAUGAAUUCAACUCUUCUUCAAUGAUGAUGAACUUUGCGGUCUCUAUCUAUAUUAUCGGAUUUGGACUCGGGCCCUUGGUGCUUGCACCAAUCUCUGAAAUCUAUGGGCGAAACAAAAUUUACCACGGAGGCAAUAUCAUGUUCACUAUUUGCACUGCAUGCUGUGGUCUCUCACCAAAUACCACAUCUCUUCUCAUUUUCCGACUGCUUGCCGGUGUCAUGGGCGGUGCCCCAUUGACAAAUGGUGGAGGAACCAUCGCAGAUCUGAUCCCUUCACAUGAGCGAGGAUUUAUAAUGAGUGUUUUCAGUCUAGCCAUGCUCCUCGCACCCGUUCUAGGGCCAGUAGCCGGUGGUUUCUUAUCACAGGCCGCGAACUGGCGAUGGAUCUUCUGGCUUUUGACCAUUAUGAGUGCGAUCACAACAAUUGUAGGAUUAAUUUUCCUGCGCGAAACCUAUGCCCCAACACUCCUCGAACAAAAAGCUGCCCGACUGCGCAAAGAGACAGGAGACCCCGAUAUUCAAGCUGCGACCAAGUCACCCCUUCCUCUUCAACGACUCAUUAUUCUGGCAUUCAUGCGCCCCAUGAGACUGCUCUUCGCCAGCCCCGUCAGUAUUGUGAUGGCCUUGUAUAUGGGACUCGUCUAUGGCAUUCUCUACCUUCUUUUCACAUCAUACACCGUGGUAUUCCAAGAAAAAUAUGGCUUCAGUCAGGGUCUAGCAGGUCUUUCGUAUCUGGGCAUGGGAUUGGGUUGUACAACGCAACUAUUCCUUGGCUACUACAGUGACCGACUUCACAUGAAGCUCACAAAACGCAACGGCGUAGAGAGGGCAGAGUACCAUCUCUUGAUGUUGAUUCCUGCCGCUAUCUCGCUUCCCAUUGGAUUGAUAAUCUAUGGUUGGACAGCGCAAUAUCACGUUCACUGGUUUGUUCCAAUCUUCGGAACCUUCUUUAUUGGUGUUGGUUUCUCAAGCUCACUGACCAGCGUUCAAACUUAUCUGAUCGGAGCGUUCACUGCAUACUCUGCUAGUGCACUAGCUGCGAACAACCUUGUACGCAGUAUCAUUGGUGGUGUAGUACCACUUUCUGGGCCUGAAAUGUACGCCAAACUCGGAGUUGGCUGGGGCAACACACUGCUAGCCGUCCUAGCUAUGGUGUUUGGACUUGCUCCUCUAUGGUUCUACCGAAACAAGGAGCCCCAGAACCAGACUAAGCGGAGCCCGGUUUAA